AUGGCGAACGGAAGGAAAAAACGUCAUCAUCAGCGUCGUCGCCAUGACGACCGAUAUGAUGACGACGGAUUUGAUAAUCCGCAGUAUUAUCGUCCGGAAUACCCCUCGCACCAUGACGAGAGAUUUAGCCACAAUGUUUAUAAGCCAGGCACGGCUUACAGAGACGAAUAUAAGGACCCCAGACACUACCGGGACGGAGCUUCUUCAACAGAAUCUAUUCUGUCGCGGGGAAAAAAAUCCCAACUGGCCAAAGUUUUGCUUAUUGUUGCUGUGAUUGCGAUAGUCGCCAUAGCCGUGAUAUGUGGAAUUGUCAUCUACCUAGGUGACAUCGAAUUUACGAUGAGUAUGAGAGCUCCUAACACGCCUUGGAACUCAGAUCUGGGGAAUCCUAGCAGUGAUGCCUAUACCACAAUGGCUAAUAACUUCAAAGCCAUGAUGGACGCUGCUCAGAACAGUGGGCCGUAUAAGGAUAUAUAUGAUGGUACGGUGGUGAAUGGAUUUAGACAAGGUAGUGUCAUUGCGGAUUUCACACUGAAAUAUAAGGACAAUAAGCUGCCUGGAGUAGUCGGAUCUGGUGUUAACCCACCGAUAACUAGUAGUGAGGUGAAAACCAACACCCAGACGUCCCUGCAAACCCUACAACAGACGGCCGGUUCUACCCAGCAGUUUCCUCUCCUAAACGACUUUGAACCAGCCUCCAUGUUGUCAACCACUCCAACUACAACCACUCCAACAACCACCACCCCAACAACAACCACCCCAACGACAACAACACCAACAACAACCACUCCAACUACAACAACACCAACAACAACCACUCCAACUACAACAACACCAAAAACCACCACUCCAACAACCACCACCCCAACAACAACCACUCCAACUACAACCACUCCAACUACAACAACUCCAACAACCACCACCCCAACAACCACAACCCCAACAACCACAACACCAACAACCACAACACCAACAACCACCACUCCAUCGACAACCACUCCAACAACUACCACUCCACCGACUACUACUCCACCGCCCCCGCCUCCAAUACUGGAAUUUAUAGGAGAUGUGAAAGCGAACGAUACAAACUGGGACGACAACUUUGCUAAUGAAAAUACUACAGAGUACCAGAAUAUGGCCGGAAACUUCACAGAAAUGAUGGAUACCAUUUACAGCACCGGCAAUAGUUCUAUAAAUAAGUUCUACAAUGGAACAACCGUUACAGGUUUUACAAAAGGAAGUGUGGUUAUUGGAUAUAAAAUUAACUUCAUAAAUCCUUUAAGUGUAGCAACAGUUGGGGGAGACAAUACAACGACAGGUAGUUCAACCUCAAACUCAACCUCAAACUCCACGGAAAGCACAACAACUACCAGAGCUCCUAUACAACCAAUCAUCCAAAUACAAAUUACUGUUGAUGUGAUAAUAAAUGUAUUACAAGAGGCAUUCGAAGCCGCUUCUACUGGUGCCCUGAACCUUACCAUCUCAUUGGCCAUUAGCGAGAUAAAAUUACAAGCGGUAACAACAACGACGACGUCAACAACAACAACAACAACAACUACUACUACUACUACUCCGACACCGACCACUACAGAAGCCAACAGCCAAGAAGCUACUACAACGGCAGACAGAACAGUGCUUCCUAGCAUGCCACCAACAACCGUGGCGUCUCCCGUUGGCUUCUCAGUGAAAUACACACUGCUGAAUAUGACAUACAUUUCACGAUACAGUGAUAGCAGUAGCAUAGAGUUCCUGAUCAUGGCUAACAGUAUUAAUCAGGGUACUGCAGAUGUCAUCGCUAAUUCUAUCCUGGGGCCUAUUUACAUCAGUAACCAUGUCAGGAGUUUAUGGAACGGGAGUUUAGGAGUCGAUACAUUUUUGCUACUCCGACACGAUAAACUCUACGAUGGUACCCCCGUAACAGAAGAUUUGAUAAAACAACUAUUCGAAACAUCGAUGACUGCUGGAGGUAUUCCCUACGGAUACGUCGUAGCAUCCCGGGAAGCAGUAUACCCUCCAGCACCGACUCCUACAUCAAGUCCGACCAAUGCUAUAUACGGAGUGAACUAUACCCUGACUAACGUCACGUACCUGUCUCAGUACUCGGACAGGGAUAGUCUUGAAUUCACGACAUUGGCUCAGCUCAUAGAACAAGCGACUGCAGAAAGUAUGUUUGGCCAUCCAUUCAUGGGUACUGUUUUCAUAUCGACUGAAGUUGUCUACUUCCGAAAUAAGAGUAUGAAUUUAGGAAUUGAGGCAAAUCUAUUCCUAAAGGCUGACACAGUGAUGGUAAAUGGUACAACAAUGAAUAUAACAGCCAACUUUGUGAAGCUAUUAUAUGAACAACAGAUGACAAUGGGGAAUAUUCCAUUUGCGUCCGUCGAAGUAAAACGAAUAAGGACCCCUCUGGUUCCCCCAUCACCUGCCGUCCCUACUCCAGUACCGACCAAACCUUCACGCUACUUUUUCUAUGUUGUGAACUUUACCUUGACAGACUUUGUGUUUGUACCACAGUUCAAUGACCGGAGUAGUCCAGAAUCCCAACAGACUGCUAGGGAUAUCGAAAUGGCGAUUACAACCGGAAUUAAUUUUUCUCCGUUUUCUACAAUCUUCAACUCGACACACGUUUUAGGGUUUUGGCCCGGGAGUUUGGGAGUGACGUCACUUCUGGUACUUAAAGACAAUAUAGUUGUAAUCUAUGGCGUACCUCACAACGUAACGGAAGAAUUAAUUCGGUUGGAGUACGAAAGAAUUAUGACUUUAGGAAACGUGUCCUACGGAGUGGUCAUUGUAAAAGAGUCAACUUUGCCUCCAACUCCUCUGCCAUCUGUUACUGCCAGACCUACUCUCACUCCAGAAAACCACACAGAUACUGUAAUCUUUGGAGUGAAUUAUACCUUGCUGGACGAGAAUUACACAUCUAAGUAUCAGGACAGGAACAGCACUGAAUUUGGUAUCAUGGCUUACACUAUUGACAUGUUGACUGCAGGAAGUUUGUCUCAAUCCAUUUUUUACGACGUCUUCAUAUGGAGUUCAGUCUGGUAUUUGGGGAAUAAGAACGGGAGUGUAGGUGUGGCGACAGUCUUGUUUCUGAAAGAUGACUCAAUUGUUAUGAACAAUGUUAAAGUCAAUGUAACCGAGGACUUGGUGGCGAGAGUGUACAUUGGUCUAAUGAAUGAAGGCAAUGUCUCCUACGCUGACAUCUCAGUACUAAGAAUAAAGAUCCCUCUGGUUCCCCCAGCACCUGCCGUCCCUACUCCAGUACCGACCAAACCUUCACGCUACUUUUUCUAUGUUGUGAACUUUACCUUGACAGACUUUGUGUUUGUACCACAGUUCAAUGACCGGAGAAGUCCAGAAUCCCAACAGACUGCUAGGGAUAUCGAAAUGGCGAUUACAAUCGGAAUGAAUUUUUCUCCGUUUUCUACAAUCUUCAACUCGACACACGUUUUAGGGUUUUGGCCCGGGAGUUUGGGAGUGACGUCACUUCUGGUACUUAAAGACAAUAUAGUUGUAAUCUAUGGCGUACCUCACAACGUAACGGAAGAAUUAAUUCGGUCGGAGUACGAAAGAAUUAUGACUUUAGGAAACGUGUCCUACGGAGUGGUCAUUGUAAAAGAGUCAACUUUGCGUCCAACUCCUCUGCCAUCUGUUACUGCCAGACCUACUCUCACUCCAGAAAACCACACAGAUACUGUCAUCUUUGGAGUGAAUUAUACCUUGCUGGACGAGAAUUACACAUCUAAGUAUCAGGACAGGAACAGCACUGAAUUUGGUAUCAUGGCUUACACUAUUGACAUGUUGACUGCAGGAAGUUUGUCUCAAUCCAUUUUUUACGACGUCUUCAUAUGGAGUUCAGUCUGGUAUUUGGGGAAUAAGAACGGGAGUGUAGGUGUGGCGACAGUCUUGUUUCUGAAAGAUGACUCAAUUGUUAUGAACAAUGUUAAAGUCAAUGUAACCGAGGACUUGGUGGCGAGAGUGUACAUUGGUCUAAUGAAUGAAGGCAAUGUCUCCUACGCUGACAUCUCAGUACUAAGAAUAAAGAUCCCUCUGGUUCCCCCAUCACCUGCCGUCCCUACUCCAGUACCGACCAUACCUUCACAUUACAUUCUGUUUGAAGUGAUGUUCAUAUUGACAGACGAUGUGUUUAUAAUACAAUACAGUGACACCAGCAGUAUCGAAUUCCAAACGACGGCCAGGGAUAUCGAAAUGGGGACUGCAUACGGCUUGAAUAUUUCUGCUUUGGCUGGUAUCGUCGAUUCGAAUAAAGUUUUGAGUCUUUGGAAUGCUUCCAUGACCGGAAACCCGAGUUUGGGUGUGACGUCACUGCUUAUCCUUAAAGACGAUGAAGUUGUAAUUAACGGGUUGACGUUAAACAUAACAGCACAACUCAUUCAGUCUGAGUACCAAAGAGUUAUGACUCAAAUGAACGUCUCCUUUCGAUCUGUAAAAGUUGUUCCUUAUCUGACUACGACGAAGAAGCCAUAUACCACAACUCCUGCAUCGCAAGACGAUUGUGGAGAUCGGUAUCGGAAAGGCCCUUCCGGAAUAAUAACGAGUCCCAAUUACCCUAGCUAUUAUCCUAAUGACGCCCGCUGUUACUGGCUAAUUGAGGUUGGCCCCGGUUACAUCAUUGGUGUGAAAUUCCAGACCUUCGACACGGAAAGUACCUUUGAUGUCCUUGCUAUAUAUGAUGGCAUGAACGAGUAUGAUCCGUUGCUUAGAAAAUUAAAUGGAACCAUCCUGCCGCGAGACGUAUUCUCAUCAGAUCGAUACAUGUUCCUGAAAUUCACCUCGGAUGUAUCAAUGCCUCGUUCGGGUUUUUCACUUUUAUAUUCACAAUUCCAUCGAAAUACUUCUUUACCCUCUUCGACGUCACGACCAAUUACAACAAUUCCUUGGACUACUACACAUAGCCCAAGCACGGAUUGUGGAGAUCGGCAUCGGAAAGGCCCUUCCGGAAUAAUAACGAGUCCCAAUUACCCUAGCUAUUAUCCUAAUGACGCCCGCUGUUACUGGCUAAUUGAGGUUGGCCCCGGUUACAUCAUUGGUGUGAAAUUCCAGACCUUCAACACAGAAAGUACCUUUGAUGUCCUUGCUAUAUAUGAUGGCAUGAACGAGUAUGAUCCGUUGCUUAGAAAAUUAAAUGGAACUAUCCUGCCGCGAGACGUGUUCUCAUCAGAUCGAUACAUGUUCCUGAAAUUCACCUCUAAUGGAUCAGUAACUCGUUCGGGUUUUUCACUUUCAUAUUCACAAUUCCAUCGAAAUACUUCUUUACCCUCUUCGACGUCACGACCAAAUACAACAAUUCCUUGGACUACUACACAUAGUCCAAGCACGGAUUGUGGAGAUCGGUAUCGGAAUGGCUCUUCCGGAAUAAUAACGAGUCCAAAUUACCCUAGCUAUUAUCCUAAUAACGCCCGCUGUUACUGGCUAAUUGAGGUUGACAACGGUUACAUCAUUGGUGUGAAAUUCCAGACCUUCGACACGGAAAGGAAAUAUGAUGUCCUUGCUAUAUAUGAUGGCAUGAACGAGUAUGAUCCGUUGCUUAGAAAAUUAAAUGGAACUAUCCUGCCGCGAGACGUGUUCUCAUCAGAUCGAUACAUGCUCCUGAAAUUCACCUCGGAUGGAUCAGUACCUCGUUCGGGUUUUUCACUUUUAUAUUCACAAUUCCAUCGAAAUACUUCUUUACCCUCUUCGACGUCACGACCAAUUACAACAAUUCCUUGGACUACUACACAUAGUCCAAGCACGGAUUGUGGAGAGCGGGAUCGGAAAGGUCCUUCCGGGAUAAUAACGAGUCCCUUUCAUCCGUUCGAAUAUCCUAAUAAUGCCCACUGUUACUGGCGUGUUGAAGUCAAUUCUGGAUUUGCCGUUAGCCUGAGAUUUGAGACCUUCUACACAGAAAGUUGCUGUGAUUACCUGUAUAUCUAUGAUGGCAUGAACGAGUAUUCUCCCGAAAUUGCAAGUAUGAGUGGAAGUUCCCUUGGACCAGAAUUACUAUCAACAGGCCGCUACAUGUUUCUGAAAUUCACCUCUGAUGGAUCAAUAACUUACAGAGGGUUUUCGGCAAUAUACGAAGAAGUCGAUCCACCACCUCUCGUUUGCGACACCAGUGAAACACUGUGUCCGAAUGGAUCCUGUGUCGGCCUGCAGAAUCUGUGCGAUGGCCAUCGUGACUGCCAGGACGGAUUUGACGAAAUGUAUUGUAACAACACAGAUUACUUUGGGAUGAAUGAAAUAUCUGGAGUUCGCGUGAUUGGCGGGACAUGUAUGGAAGGUUUAGUUGAAGUGAAGGGAUCGUGCGAUGCCUGGGGGUCCAUCUGUGACCGCUACAGCAUGUCGAUAUCCGAAGCCAGGGUCAUCUGUAGCGAAUUGGGAUUUGAUCCGGUGAAUGCAAAGAUGUUACCCAGCAUUGCAUACAAUGGAAACUCCGCUGCCCCUGCACUUGGCUAUUUACACUGUAACAAUGCGACAGAUUUGGAAGAGUGUUCCUAUCCCUUGUUUGGAUUAGCAUCCUGUCAAUACACGGCAAGGGUGUCCUGUGGGAAAGUUGGUUAUUCCUGUACGUUUGAGUAUGACGAUUGUUUCCUGUCUCCGUCUGCCAGCAAUCAAUUGGCCUGGUACAGGUAUAAUCAAGAUAAUUUCAACUACGGCCCAGGAACGACUCCACCUGGUUCCCAUUACUUCUAUGCUCUCCCUAUCUAUCAGUACAACGGACAGGGCAUUCUGGAAUCUCGUAAAAUCGCAAUAGGUAUGGAAAUGUGUCUAUCUUUUUACCUCUUUAUGGGGGGAUAUGAAAGGAGUUCCUUCCGUGUGUUCUAUAAAAUGGAUGAUUAUUUAGAACACAACCUUCUGUCCAAAUCACGUUACCAAACCUUAAAAUGGGAAUUGCACGAGAUCAACAUACCAAAACAGAACACAGAUGUCCAGUUAUUUUUCGAGUUCACAAAGGGAUACUAUGGUGGCGUAGAAGCCAUUGACAGUGUGUACUUGUUCCCCGGAGCCUGUGGAUCCGAUCCAGACUGGUGUCAUGGCGGAGCUCUGCCUAACAUUAACGGCACCAAAGGAAACACUACCCUAAGCACGUCAAGUCCACCAGUCUUCAACAGCACCACCACACCUAAACCCAUGUCUAAGGGCACGCUCAACUGUACAUUUAGUUACUAUGACAUUUACUCCGAAAGCUGUCCUUUUAAGAACAUGGACAACUUGACAGGAUGGUCACUUAGUGUUGAUCGGCCUUACUACUACAAUGGUUUACCGGCUGAUCACACCACGGGCACAGGAAUGUUUAUGUAUUACUAUGACUCCAGUGGACAUGAAACUCAAAGCUCCGAACUGAAAACGGAACCAUUUUUAUCGGACAGUGAGCAGAUGCUGGAGUUUUACUUCAAUAUGAAUGGAUCGGGAGUAGGGUCACUAGAGGUUGCUGCCGGUACCGCUUUCUGGAAAAUUUCUGGUAGCCAAGGCAACCAUUGGUACUUUAAUUGUAUCAAUUUGCCUCCCAAUGAAAAUAUGGAGAUUGUGUUUAAAGGCAUAACGGGACAUUCAAACUGGGGCCAUAUUGCCAUUGAUGACGUUAAAUUGUCCAAAGGAAAAUGUCAAUUUGGUCUGGAAGCUGGAACAUGUGGCUUUGAUCAACCCAUAAAAUGCGGUUACUCCACAAGCUGCAACUGUCCUAAGGAUACCGACAAGUUCAAGUGGUUAAGAGGCUCCGGGAGGACAGCCACUGAGGCUACCGGACCAUCAGGUGGUGCAGGGUCAUCAGGAAAUUCCAUACAGCACCUGUGUACAUUUGAGCCGGGGACUAGCUGUUUCCUGACCAAUUCCACAAGUUAUUACUGGACUGUCCGGAGUGGCUCAACACCAUCUUCAAGCACUGGUCCUACCAGCGCCUAUGAAGGAGAUUUCUAUACCUAUACUGAAGCUAGUGGCUACAAUAAUAGACUAUUUGGGAUGGAGAGCAGUUACAUCUUCAGUGGACUCUACUGCCUGACGUUUCAUUACCACAUGUACGGCAGCUAUAUGGGAUCUCUGUCAAUUAAAACCUAUCAACAAUACCAGUCAUGGUAUUCGCUAGAGUGGGUAGUGAGAUAUUCGCAAGGCAACUACUGGAACUCUGCACAAGUGGAAAUAUCUCGCUCAGUCCUAUAUAAGGUCGUUAUAGAAGGAGUGACAGGUGCAGGAUUCCAGAGUGAUAUAGCGCUGGACCAGAUUCAGAUGUCUCCUGGGGCAUGUUCCUCCUACUACUCUACUACUGGAACAGGGACCUAUAACUCAGGUUCCUAUUUGUAUGUGGAUGCUACAAAAGGCAACAGAGGCGAUCAUGAUACAGCUUUGUUCCCACCAUUUAGAAGCGGAUUCCAGUCACUGACUUUUUACUCACACAUGUACGGGAGACAUGUUGGUACGCUUAAUGUUGACCUAAUAUCAGAAAAUGGCACAUCAACAAACUUGUGGUCAAAAUCAGGAGAGGUGGGAAAUGAAUGGAAACGUAACUGCGUAAAUUUUCCUCCAUAUGAGGACAGAUCGUCGUUAGCCUUCAGCGCUAUACGUGGUGACGGAGUUCUCGGUGAUGUGGCAAUCGACCAACUGACAGUGAGUGAAGACUACUGCCCAGGGCCAAUUGAAUGUGACUUCGACAUGUCUGACUGUGAUUAUGUGUCCGUGUCAGAUGUAUAUAACAUGGGCUGGGUCAGAGUAAAUCCUCAGACCAGGACAUGGCCACCAUAUCGCGAUCUAACGGCCAUGGAAUCUGAUGACAAGUCUUCAGGGUCAGCCUUUUUGUCUUACGCUAAUCAAGCUUACUUGAGAUCAGGAUCAUCAGCAUGGUUGGUUUCUCCGUUUUUCGAUGCAUCGGAGUAUAGCAGUUUCUCCUACUUCUUUGCGAAGGGAGUUAACUCUCUUUUUAAAGUGGGUAUUCUACCUGGAGACCAAAUUGUAAAAAAUGAGACAUUAAGUGACAUCAAAAAGAACCGCUCGGACCUUGUAACCAUACUGGAGACAUCUCGAGCCAUGGCAGAAGAAUGGCGCUUCAUGUGUGUUAGCCUAGCAUCCGUGUCAGGAAACGUUUCUGUCGUGUUUAUAAGUGAAUUUCGCCAAGGAAAUAUGACGGAUUUUGUUUACAUAGAUGGUGUCAGCAUGAAUAAAGGUCCUUGUCAAAAGGGUAUCAUGGAGACUGGUCGGUGUGACUUUAAGAACUUAUUUGAGUGUGAUUUUGUGGUUUAUCCCUGCAUAGAAGACGGCUAUGUUUGGGAACUUCAACAGACAAAUCACUCAUCUGUCAACUCAUCAAAAACACAACCAGAUAAUGUCAUGUAUGCUGAUGCGUCCAAUGGAGUCAGAGAAGAUGCAACAUGGGUCAACUUUACCGGCACUGGUGGCUUCAAAGCAGGACAAUCCCUACAGAUGGAGUAUCAGUUCUACAAUGAAGGGGAUUCAGUACUAAUGUUUGGGGUCGGAAAUCAUGCCAUGGAGCUGAGAGAGCGUGACUCGCUGAUCUCCUCCAGGAGAAACUUAUGCAUGUCACUGCCAGACGAUGCCAAUGAGGAGCUGUUCUUUGCCGCCAUGAGAGGAGAUAUGCCGAGGGGAGACAUUGCUGUGUAUUCUGUCAGCAUUGAUGACAAAGGAUGCCCAGAAACCUCAGCCAAUUGCAGUUUUGAUGCCGAUAGCGGUUCUUGUGGGUUCUGGCAGGAUGAUGGUUGGACAUUAAAACAGGAUUCUACUGGAGAAUCCUAUCUGUCCUUGAGAACACCUGUAUAUAGUGCUCAUAAUAGAAAGACAAGUCUGAUUUUGUCGCCUGCUGUGUCCAUGGAAACUAAUACUUCUUGUUUGGAGUUCCGGUACAUGAUGAAUCCCAUGAACAGUAGGUAUGACCAGGAGAGCAAAGUCUUGGUAUACCUGGAGUCCACGGACACAUGGGAACGAGUUCUAGCCUUUGAGACAACAAUUGAAACAGGAUGGAAGGUUGAAACUAGGUGGCUUCCUGUCCAGGUGUCGGAUAUUGCUUGGAAAGAUUACAAGGUUUACAUUGGGGUAACAAUUGACAACUAUGACGUCCAGUACGGAAUAGAUGACGUUACAGUAUACCCUGGGAAGUGUAAGCCUGUUGUGUGCCCGGACAACAUGUUUGCCUGUGCCUCCGGGACUCAGUGUAUCCCAAUGUCUCUGACCUGUGAUGGAAACAAGACGUGUGAGGACGGUGACGAUGAAGACAUCAAUAUCUGUCUUCCAGACCCUGUGUUGGACUGUGACUUUGAACAUGGCUAUAAAUGCGGAUAUGCAAAUUCCCCCAACGUGGAACGGUUUUCACUUUACGGUAUUAGUGAUACCCCGGGAUUCUCCAUGCUUCUGAACGCAUCUGACCCUCAUGAUAGUGCUUCACUGAUGAGUCCCAUUGUGAACGUGACAGAGCAAUCGUGUCUCUUGUUUCACACUAUGGGUUUCAUUUCUUACAACGGCUAUUAUGGAAAUGAAAGUGCCACUUUACUAUCAUUGGACGUUAAAACCAAUGGAAUUGCCAGCCUACGAGAACUUUCCUUAGAUACACUAUACUACUGGUCAAGAGUUGCCGUUCAGCUCCCUAUAGGAAGCUAUUAUGUUGAAUUCCAAAUUGCAAAAAAUACCUCCAUUGAGAUACCUAUUGCCAUGUCUGCUAUAGACAACAUAAUGGCAGUUCCAGGGCAAUGCAAAGACAUCCCCUGUGGUGAUAGCGAGCUCAGUUGCGGUGACUCAGAUAUGUGUGUUGGUAAAUACCUUGUCUGUAAUGGUGUACGCAAUUGUCCAAAUGGGGAGGAUGAGGAAGAUUGCGCGCGAGGCAUCUCCUGCACAUUUGACACACGUAGAAUUUGUUUAUACACCACCGAUGGAGAACCAGAGGCUUUAACAUGGGAACGAACCCAAUGGCUAUCUGCUCCUGAAUAUGGCACCAGUUGGAACAUUACUGACCGUGAUAACCCAGGGAAAGGAAGCUUCAUGUCUGCUGGUUGUUUUGAAAGCUUUUCACAAAACAUGACAUUAGAAAGCAUUUCGGAGUACCACUAUAAUGUUCCGACAAUGUGUUUAAGGUUUUCGGUAGCUCAUCUACAUGUCACAGACUACUCCACGUCUCACCUUCAUGUACAUAUAGUGGACUAUUACACCAGGACGGUACACAAACGUUCCCAUCAUUACAAGGACAGUAUAAUUUGGACACAGGAGGAGAUUGAAUUUGAUAGAUACUACGUCUACAACAGUAUCCGUGUGAUAUUCAAUGCGACUACAUUCCUAGCUAAAAUAGCAUUGGAUGAUGUCAGUCUGGCCAUGGGACCCUGUAUAGCCAAUAGCUCAAAUACAACCUCCAAUCCCUGGCCGAGGACAACAAUUCCCUACACCACUCGACCACCAGUAACCCAUUGGUCACAACCUACCCCAACAAACACUGGAUCAGAAACUCCACCAACACCUUGGUUACCUUCCUUCUCACAAACCUGGCCACAACCUACCCAAACAACACCUGGGUCAGAACCAGAGCCGACAGCUGAGUCUGAACCUGAGCCGACAGCUGGGUCUGAACCUGAGCCAACAGGCGGAUCUGGACCUGAACCGACAGCUGGUUCUGAACCAGAGCCGACAGCUGAGUCUGAACCUGAACCGACAGCUGGGUCUGAACCUGAGCCAACAGGCGGAUCUGGACCUGAGCCGACAGCUGGUUCUGAACCGGAGCCAACAGGUGGAUCUGGACCUGAGCCGACAGCUGGUUCUGAACCUGAGCCGACAGCUAGUUCUGCAUCAACAACUCACGGAACCAAUCAUACAAGAUCAACUAUAACCAAUUGGCCAUCUACUACUUUAUCCACAACUCCGCCGCAAUCACGUAUAGAGAAAGUUGAAAUGGAGCCUGGCGGAAGGGUGGCUGUGACUUAUGAUGGUAUAAGAUAUUAUGUAUGUGCCUGGAUAUAUUCCCCGACCACGGACCUACUGUGCCAGGCAAUGGGCUACGAUUUCGGUUCACAGACAAGUUAUUAUUAUAACAGUUAUGACAGAUACCAUGCCAGUAUAUACUGUUACUCCGACAGACUAGAGGAGUGUAAUGUCUACCCAGACUCUUACUGCACAUCUACAGUCGUCCUCACCUGUGGUCAAAACACGGUGAAUUGUGAUUUCAAUACUACUUCGUCAUGUGGAUAUAACGUGAGCCAUCCGUGGCAGCACCUAUCAUCAGGUUCUGUUGGUAUAUACACCUACAGUACACAAGAAGGAGAAACCUACUCCCUAACGUCCCCACCGUUUACCACAUAUCGCCAGAGCAGUAUAAGCUUUCGAUACUCAGUCUACAACCGAAUGUCUGGAGUUCUAGGAUUGGCUGUAGGCUCUGAUAUCCUCUGGAUGUCAGACCCUGACUUGUAUGGUAGCUGGAAGUCUGUGUGUGUAGAUAUACCACCAAUGAAUGAUUCGUCUGUAGAGUUCAUGUUCACAGCAGGGGAAUUCGACUCUCAGCUUGUCUCCUACUACGCUCUAAUCGCAGAGCUGGAUGAUGUAAUGGUCUCCGAGACUGAAUGUCCAGGUGUGUUUCCUGAGAAUCCAUGCGACUUUGACUCUGAUCCCAAGUGUCCCUAUGAGGUGGCCCUGCCACCCUGCAUCUGGGAGCCAGCAACAGCUUCCAACAUCAAGCCAUAUAAAUGGAGAGUAGACAAGGGUUACGAAGGUUCUGGAAUGUUUGCUGAUGCUUUCAAUGGAGAAGAAUCAGACAUGACUGACUUUUUUGUGGGACCGGUGAACCUGACGGAUGGACAGUCUCUACGUUUCCAGUAUUGGGGAGGUGGAGGGAUGUACAACAUAAACAAAACAAGCACUUUACAGGUUCACCAGUCUGUACAAGAGCUGUUUUCUACAGAUGUACCAACUGACUACCAAUGGUAUGACAUAUGUAUACCAAUAACAGCCUCAGAGGAUGAUGCCUUUUUCCAUUUUAUAAGUAUUCGUGGCGAGGAUUAUAGAAUGAGCACGAGAUUGGAUAAUAUACGCCUUGAUAGUGAAAGAUGUCCACAUAAAGCAACCUGUAGAUUUGAAAAGACUGAUAUCUGUAAAUAUGAAGAGGAAUCUAAACAUCAGUAUAAAUGGCAGCAAGUGUUUUAUUGUGGAAACAGUUACGAUCAUACCUACCAGGACUACAGAGGCCGAUUUAUGUGUGCUGACCCUUGUCCUGUAAGCCAAACAUCACUCGUCGGAGUCACUGCCGAACUUUCUACACCACCGUUUGUAACCAGUAGUACAGAGCCCAUGUCUGUGUGGUAUUACUUUUUAAUGAACGGAAAAGGCCAUGAACGGUUUGAUGUUGAAUUCCACUCCAAGGAUACAGUAUCCAGGGAAACCUUCUACGGUGACCACGGUAACCAAUGGAACAUGAUGUGCAAUGACCUUCCGAAGAAUGCCAAUAUAUCUGCAGUGACGUUCAAGGCAACACAUGGUAGUGGUGGGUGUGACGGGGCGAUUGGAAUUGAUGAUGUCACAGUGAAAUAUGAAGCCUGCCCAGAACCUUUGGUGCAUAGCUGUGGAUUUGAGAAUCCAUAUUUGUGCCGAUUCCAAUCAAACUGCACACAAGGUUCGAAGUUUCAAUGGUAUGUUGCUCAGGCAAAUACCCCCUCUAUCAACACCGGACCAAUAGGAGAUGGCCAAGGACACUCUAAUGGAAGCUUCGCUGUUGUGGAAGGUUCCGUUGGAUCGGCUGGAGACGAGACUACAUUGUCUUUCGAACCAAUAGACGUCUCCAAAUACCGGAAUCCAGCAGUACACUUCAAACUUCACAUGAAUGGCCUACAGAUGGGCGACCUGAGGCUACUCGUUCAAGAUCAGGACUCUUCUACAGCUGUUUCUCGAACAUAUUCCGGCCAACAGGAUGAGAAUUGGAUAAAGGAAUGUGUACCGUUUCCAUCUAGUAGUAAUUCUAUCAUCAGCUUUACUGCCACACACAACGGAGGGAUGUUAAACGACAUAGCAGUGGAUGAUAUUGCUGUCAUGGAUGAUCAAUGCUCACCACCAACAGUGACGUGUGAUUUUGAAUCAUCCCCUUUCCUGUGUGGCUAUCUGAACAUAUCUGAUGGUCUAUAUGGGGUGGAGCCUUGGCACCAAGUAGACUAUUCCGUUCCCUCUGUUGCGGCUACUUUCGUCACCAAGAAUCAUACAGGCUCAGUUAUGUUUUCUGGUACAAGUAUAUCGCGUGUAACUGCCAAGUUACUGUCGCCGCCGUUCACCGGAAGUGGUACGACCUGUGUCAUGUUUGACUAUUUUGUAUCAGGGCCUAGCUUCUCCUCUCGCUUUUUCCCUAACGCCAGCCUAUCCGUCUAUGUCACUUAUCAGAAUGGACAAACAAGUAGAUUCUGGAACCAGCACGCUAAUGACAAAUCGCCGAGGUGGAGACAAGGGCAGUUCCAGAUUGAUCUGAAUGGCAAUAUCGAUAACCGUCUCAUGUUUGCAAAGCCUAAUCCCUAUGCAGUUGUCGGUAUAGACAAUGUGAAUGUCAUGUCGGGAAGCUGUCCACCCAUAGAUUGCGAUGACGAUGAAUGGAGCUGUUCAGAUCGCUGUAUCCAUCCUGACCAGCGUUGUGAUAAAAUCCCAGAUUGUUUUAUGGGAGAGGAUGAGCUCAACUGUGGCAGCAGUAUAGCGUGUGACUUCGAGACUAAGUACCAGUGUGGGUAUAGAAAUAUGUCGGAGUCGUUGUUUACAUCACUCAGAAGUGUAUACACCGGUACAGGCUACCAAGCUCCCAAGUCUGGAGGUAUCUUUCUGGGAUUUCGCUCGGACUCCUACAGCAGAUCAGGCUCAUAUGUAUAUGCUAGCGUGAUGUCACCAAAGAUACAAAUCAACGAAUCAAUGUGCAUGAAGUUUUAUUACUUCGGGAAUGUAGACAGUCUAAGAGUAUAUGCUGAUUACUCUAGUGAUAGACAUUACGACAGCGUUUUCCCUCAUGGAGACGAAUGGCGACUGGGACAGGUCAGCCUCAUGCCCGGAGGAGCUGAUGGGGUAGGAGUAUACUUUGAAACGUCACUCAACAAUUACUAUUCCUCCUACUACUUCGGCCUUGACGACAUAACCUUGUCACCAGGGAACUGUUCUGAACCUAUAGAUUGUGGAGAUGGUAUGGAAUGCAGUGGUUUGUGUUUGCCUGCGACAUCCAUUUGUGAUCGAACCUGGGAUUGCUAUGAUGGACGAGACGAGAGUGAUACUGCCUGCCCCAAUAACAUUUCCUGUGGUUUCGAGAAUUCCUACAUGUGUGGAUACAGUUCAUUCUCAUCUUAUUGGACACGAGUGAAGGCCAAUGCAGGGACCAUUCCAUCAUAUGAUGUGACCAACGGCGACUCUACAGGACAUUUGAUGAAGUUCCAAUCAGCUUAUAACUACGUCAGCUACUCCCUCGCCUCACCACGUCAGAACAUAACCUCGGGAUGUGUAUCCUUCUGGUAUAACAUCCAAUGGGGAACGUCUGGUCAUAUGUCUGUUUAUGAUGCCAACAAUUAUCAGUGGCCUCUUUUCACUGAUAAUGGCGAUCAGUUUGGCUAUGGGUGGCAUCAAGUCAGCGUUCCUAUCCAAGGUUCCUUGAAUGCAGGAGUUGUUUUUAAUGCAACAGGUGGAAUAUUUAACGGCCGGCCAAAUGAAAUAGCCAUUGACGAAGUUCUCUAUCAACCACAGCCUUGUGCAACUUUUGUUCCACCAAACCGAUGUGACUUUACCUGCUCCAGCGCCUUCCCUCCUCGGUGUAUUCCUUACAACCUGUUUGAUGAUGGUGUUCAGCAUUGUCCAAAUGCUGAAGAUGAAUCCUGGAUUUCACCAAAAACAACUACAACUGUUGCUUCUUCAACAACGGUACCAGGUGGCAGCAACUAUCACUGCACAUUUGAAAAUUAUGAUCCAUGCUUUUUAACGAAUGAUACCAAGGAUGAUUUUGACUGGACCAGACACUCUGGUAGUACGGUAUCCACCAACACUGGACCAAGCUCUGCGUAUGAAGGAUCUUACUAUAGUUACAUUGAGACAUCAUCACCCAGGAGCUACGGAGACACUGCCCGUCUGUUGUCAUCUAGCAUAACACUAGGAAGUGAUAGCUGCCUGUAUUUCCAUUAUCACAUGUAUGGUAUUGCUAUUGGAAACUUGUCUAUUUUCGCUGAGUAUGAAGGCAAUACAUCUCAGGUCUGGUCCAGAGUUGGUAACCAAGGUAACAGAUGGUUCCAAGGAAUGGCUACAAUCCCAUCCCCGACAACACAACAAUUAUUUAAACACACAAAGGAUGUAACGAUUGCAAUUGAGGCUACAACGGGUUCAAGCUUCGAAGGAGAUAUCGCUAUAGAUGAUGUAUACCUAGUAGAAGGAAGCGCGUGUGCCUCAGGUGGCAGCAACUAUCACUGCACAUUUGAAAAUUAUGAACCAUGCUUUUUAACGAAUGAUACCAAGGAUGAUUUUGACUGGACCAGACACUCUGGUAGUACGGGAUCCACCAACACUGGACCAAGCUCUGCGUAUGAAGGAUCUUACUAUAGUUACAUUGAGACAUCAUCACCCAGGAGCUACGGAGACACUGCCCGUCUGUUGUCAUCUAGCAUAACACUAGGAAAUGAUAGCUGCCUGUAUUUCCAUUAUCACAUGUAUGGGGCUGACAUAGAAAGCUUGUCUAUUUUCGCUGAGUAUGAAGGCAAUAAAUCUCAGGUCUGGUCCAAAGUUGGUAGCCAAGGUGACAGAUGGUUCCAAGGAAUGGCUACAAUCCCAUCCCCGACAACACAACAAUUAUUUAAACCCACAAAGGAUGUAACGAUUGGAAUUGAGGCUACAAGGGGUUCAAGCUACGAAGGAGAUAUCGCUAUAGAUGAUGUAUACCUAGUAGAAGGAAGCGCGUGUGCCUCAGCCCCUGUUGCUGAUGUCGGUGAUCUUCGUUUGGUUGGGGGUGAUAAGAAAAGUUUUGGACGACUGGAGAUCAGGGAGAAAGGAACAUAUUUCAAGCCUAUUUGUACUUAUUACUGGACCGAGUACAAUUCAUAUGUAGCGUGUCGACAUCUCGGCUUCGGACCAAAUGUGACUACCUUGACCUAUAGAACAAAUGAGUUCGGGCAGGCACCGAGCACAGCGUCUUUUCUCUACAAAACAUACUACUGUACAGGACAGGAACAGUCAUUGAGUCAGUGUCAGGUAUCCUAUUACAGCAGCUGUUCGUCUUACAGCAGCCAUAUUGGAAUAUCCUGUUCAGAAGGGGCCUGUCAUGGUAAAACGACUGCAUGCUUAGCUCCCCACCAAUCAAAUAAAGGGAAUAAUGCCACGUGCGUACCUGAUGAACUGUGGUGCGACGGAAAGGUCGAUUGUCCAGGUGCUGAGGAUGAACAUUAUUGUGCUGAUUGUGCUAGCUGGGAAUUUGAAUGCCACAACCAUAAAUGUAUCAACGCUACAUUGUUAUGUGAUGAUGUCGACCAUUGUGGGGACAGAUCGGAUGAGUUCCAUUGCGUGCAAGCUGAUAGCAAAGAAAACACUAUCAAGAUCAAUAGAGGUGGUGAAUGGCAUGACGUUUGCUUUAACAACAUGACUCAGGACAUGGCCGCUUACCUGUGUGGAGUAGCAAAUGUUGGAGUUUUGGUCUCUUUCGGCCCUCAUUCUUAUGAGAAGAGUGAUGCAGCAACACUAGUGCCUGAUUCGAAUAAUACAAGAGGUGUCAUCAGGAAUCACAGGGCUGAAGUAUUGGGAAGUUCCUGUAGAAUAUUGUCUUUAGAAUGUCGUGCUAUUGAAUGUGGUGUCCCAGUACUAAAACCUGUAGCUACAUUUAUACAAGAUGGAAAUAAUGUUUAUCGUGGUGUACAACCGUGGAUUGCGUCAAUGGAUUACCGUGGAAGUCAUCGCUGUGGAGCAUCACUAAUUGCACCAGGGUGGGCAAUAACAGCCUAUCAUUGUAUUGAAGGUUUAUCAGCAUUUCAUAUUCAUUUGGUGUUUGGUUCUGAUGAUCAAGAUAAGUUCUACACUGAUGGCACAAGAGCAGACGUUAUUGAAAUAUUUUCAGCCCCAGGUGCUGUUGCUACAAACGACAAAAUUCACGCUGAUGUAGCACUUUUGAAGUUGACAACCGUGCCUUACUCUGAUUAUGUACGUCCUAUAUGCAUACCUCCAAAAGAACGUGACUUGACUAUUUACCAAACAUGCUUCAUUGCUGGAUGGGGCAGGGAUGAAAAUGGAGAUUACCCAAACCAACUACAGGGAGCUGUUGUUAACAUUCUUCAUGAUCCAGAGGACUGUAGCGAAAUCUACGCAAAGGAAUUCCCAACUGGUUGGUCGGUUACUGGGAUCUGUAUUGAUAACCGAUUUCCAUUUUCACCAUCCUGCUAUGGUGACUCUGGAGGACCUCUGGUCUGUCAGAACCCAGAGGGAGUGUGGGAGCUGGUUGGAGUAACUAGUUACGGAUAUCCUGGCUGUAGUACCUCGGGAUACCCCGCUGUGUACCAAAACAUACCUACAUACUUCUCCGAGUGGAUUUACAGUGUGAUAGAUACAGACGCGGACAUCGAAUAUCCCGCCAACCCAUAGAUAUCAGGAGAAUGACCUUAUCGCCUACCAAUGUCCAGAACAUCACAUUUAAAUCACUUUAAAUGACAAGAAAUAAUAGUCACAGAAUUAAAUUGCAGUUAGCAUAAAUCAAAUGGAAUUCUUGUGUCUAUUUUGGAGAAUAAUCAUUUAUAUUACUAAACAUGAAAAAAUUACGUAUAUGCUUGUUAUGGUAUGAAAUAUCCUAUACAACGACAUGAAGCUGUGUAUAUUACCUAAUUAUGAUAUCUUAAUUGUACAGGAAAUGGAAUUUGAUUGAUCAAGAGUCCUCCAAAUCAGUACUUUGUGCUUACUAAAUAAUAAUUAUAACUUUGAAUUUCUUAUGGAGAGUACCAAAUAUUACUCAAUGUGUGAGUUCAUACAUCAUAAAGUUAAUGGUAUUCUUUUUUCAUGAUUUUUUUUUUAAUUUUUCUUAUUUUCAUUCUCUCAAUAACAACAGCUCAUAAUAAGUUGUUGAAAGUGUAAUAAGUUUGUGAAAAGUAGCUAAUUUAGUCCUUACAUUAGUACAACUGUACAGACUACAGUGGCAAAUCCCAGUCCACGAGAUGGACGUCCAGUGUAUGUGACUUACUGCUAAACUGGACAUAAUUUACUUAAUGAUUUAUUUAAUUGAGCAACAAGGCUGCUUCACUUGGUUGCCGAUCAGCGUUCCCACUACAAAUGAAUCGUAUGUUAAGGAUUGAAGUAAUUCUAUACUGUUUAGUUUCCGUAUAGGGAGUGUUCCGUACUUUUUUUUCAAAUGAUGUUCACAAAUAAUAUUUUGUAUAAUUUUUAUUAUAUCAUUUCGUUUUAUUCUUAUUAUCUUCUUUCAAAUGAAAUAUAUACACGGAUAUUUUUUGUAAAUAUUAUUUUUACACACGUAUCUUGACAAAGAUGACAAAAAUGACUUUAAAAAAAAGUGAUUUUACAUUCUUCAUUAUUUUGUUUUUAUUAAUGACAAUUGCCAGUUAACAAAAACAGAAUUGAUAUUUACUGUCUGAAAAUUAUACAACAUUGUAUACACUGAAUGACAUUCCAUGUUUAAAAUCAAAAUGCUUAAUUACAGAGAAAAUUGUUCUAUAUGUGUCUAUAAAUAGAUUCUGUGGACGUCUAUUUUUCUUUGAAUGCUUAGUUGCACAUAUUAUUUUCACUAUCGUCAGAACAACAACAUUUAUGGAAAAUGUUCAUCAUUUAUAUAGAAUUAAGGGGGGAUAUCGGCAGUAAUUUACGGUUUAAAUAGAAAGUAGUUUUAAUAAUAUAUCAAUUUUUAAUUGUGAAUGAAUAGGUUCUUGGUAUUGUAAUAAAUAAACCAAGUGUGGGACUAUUACAUAGCCAUGGGCUUAUUGUCGGGUAUAAAUCUACGGCUGGUCAAUUUUGGAUCAAUCUUGAGAUUGGGCCAAUUACCUAGCAAUAGGUUGCAGACCACAGUUUGUGUUAAGCAAAUAACUCCUGUAUCAAGAUAUGCACAAAAAAUAAUUGUACACUAUAAUCGGUAUAUUCAUAUAUAUGAAGUAGUAUUUUAAACAAGCUUGGCAUUUGUUCUUUCUUUUUUUUAAAUGGGGUCGAGAUAAUACAUUUUUGAAAAAGUAUUUACACCAGAAAUUUAUUUUUGAAAAAGUAUCUACACCAGAAAUUUAGUUUAUCCUAUAGCAAAAACUGGUACGUAGCAGAAAAGGUAUGUUAAAUAAGAUUAAUUUUGUCUUUGUGAUAGAGAUUUUAAUUUCAAAUACGUUUAAAAAAAUCUUUUUGUAAAUAUGAUAUUUUGUAAUUUUAAGGUUUUUGAAGUGGUUGCCAUGGUUUUCACAGGUCUGAAAAUCAUAGUAAAAAUAUGUUUACUGAUCCUUGACAGAUGUAUCAAAAUUGCAAACGUUGUGUAGAUUACAAAUAUAUGUACAUUUACUUUAGUACAGGUAAUAGGUAGGGUUAACUGGCAUGUUUACAUAUCUAAAACAUGCGUCUUAUUUUUCAAAAUUUGGCUUUUUUUUACUGUACACUGCUUACCAUAGGUUUUAUGUCGGAUAAGGUUAAUCGUGAGAGUGGGGCCUAAUAUUAGGCCAAGGGCCUAUUGUUGAGUAAAUAUUGUAUAUUGUUAAAGAUUCAUAUUUUUUAAUGAAAAUUACUGCUGGUCAUUAAUUGGAUAAAUCUUGUUAACAUUUCAUAUUUUUCCUGACUUGCUUACUAUGUAAUAUCAUGUUUUAACAUUCUUUUCCUCAUCCAUUAAGAUACAUGCUGUAUGUGAUGCAGACUUUUAUUUUUGUAACCAUGCAUACCUCAUUUUGUAAAAAACCAUAUCAAUAAACACAUCAGAAUGUUUUA